AUGAACAAUAUUGAAAUAUUAUAGAAACUUUUAAUUGAAGAAAUCAUAAAUAAACAAUAUAGUCAAGAAGAGUUUGAAUAAUAUGUAUAACUAUAAGCACCAGAUAAAGGUAAAAUUUAUAUUUUGAUCAUAGAUGAUCUUUCAUAGUGGAAUUACGAUGACUUAAAAAUGUGUAUUGACAAUUUUUAAUCUUUAAAGAAGAAUUAAAUACAAACUUUAAAUUAAGAAAAAGAAAUUUAUGGAUUCUAAAAUAUUGAUGAAAAAUUAUACUAAGUAAUUGUAUCUAAUUAACAUAAAAUUUAUAUUGUAUAAUUUCUAAACUAUUUAAGGAUAAUAUCUCUUUAGAUCCUUAUGAAAAAGUAAUAAAAUGUUAAUAAGAGAAAUAUCUAAUUGAAAAUAAUGUUGAAUUAUAAUUUUAAAUUUCAAAGUAACUAAAAUAGAUAAUUUAGUCCCUAGGAAGUAAGAGAUUCUGGAUUAUGGUCAUUUAUCACAUAAAAAAAUAUUGUAGUAUUUUCAAUAUAAACAUUUCCAAUGUAAUGGAAGGUUUCAAGAACAUUAUAAGAAUUUGCAGAAUUAAGAAAAAUUAUUUGUCAAUAUUUUCCUGAAAAAAUAGUAUCACAUUAAACUAUUUAUUAGAUUCCUAGAUUUCCAUAUGGUAGAUUAACAAAAUUAGAUGAAAUGUUACCAAUUAUGGAGAAUAUCAUACUUUCUAUUAAAGUAAUAUUUAUUUAAAAUUAGAAUUUACUAUCACUUUAUAAUUAAAUACCUAUAAUAAGAACAAUAUAACCUUGUUUGUGGUUUGUUAAUGAAGUUAAUUAAUAAUUACUAUAAAAAAAGCUAAAAGAUGAAUUGUAAAAAGAAAAGAGAUAUAAUUUAUAAUAAAAAUAGACAAAAACUGGAGAAAUUAAAGUUUCUCUAACUUUUGAUGGAUAUAAAAAAUUCUUAGAUUAAUCAUCUUAUCCUUAAAAUGCUAUUAAUCUUCUCAAUCAAGUAAUCUCUAAUAUGAAUGAAUUCUUAGCUUACUAAAAAAAAUCCUAAGAAUUUUUAGGUAAUGCUUUUAAAUUUUUGUUUGAAUUAACAAAUACUUUACCAAAAUAUCCUGAAUAAAGUGGACUUAUUGAAUAUAUCAAUUUAGUAAACGAUCAUUUUAAUUAAAUAAUUUAUGAGAUAAAUGAUUCUUGUGCAUUACUUGAUAAUCAUUUAAAAUUAACAUUUGCAAAAUUAUUAAGAAGUCAUAAAUCUUUAAUAAGAUUAAGUUUAAAUGUUUAUGAAAUUAGAAAUAAAUUUGUUUAAGAUUAUAAUAUAUUAAAUAAAAAAAAGGAGGAUCUUAUUAAAAAUAAUGAUUAAAAAACAGUAAUUUAAAAAAUAAUCUAAUAAAAUAAAUUUGAUUAAUCAGAAUUCGAGAAAUUAUCAACUGACUCUGAUUAUUUAAAAGGGUUCCUUUAUGUUUCAGAAACUCAGUAAAAUUAAUAACUUUAGGAUCAAUUAGUGUAUAUGAUACAAUCAUUUUCAAAGGCUAUGGAUGAAUAAUUCAGAGUUGACGUGCUUAAAGUAGAUGCAAACUUUGGAGGAUUUCUUUAUGCAAAGCAGAAACUCUGUUAGAAAUAUGUAAGUUUAUUUGUUAAUCUAUUAGACUGAAUAAUGGAAAGAUUAAGUUAAUAAAUAUGAAAAGGUUAAAAGCAAAACAAAUUGA